UCAACGGGCAGGCAGCAUCUCUGGAGAGAAGGAAUGGGUGGCGUUUCAGGUCCAGACCCUUCUUCAGACACCUUUCCAAACUAUACCUUUCCAAAACUUCAAUUUGUCAAUUGCACAUUUUUUCUCGACGACUUUCUCUUUCAAAUGUACAGUACAUCUUACCAAACAAAGCGAAAUGUUCCAACUCCGGCCAGCGUUGUUUAAUUCUUGCUGAGGACUUCAUCCAUACCUCGCACCACGAUCUGACACUGGGGCGCGUAAUCAACAACCAAAGCGUUGCCAAUGUGAACGUGAGUGGGUACAUUCCCGAUCGGAUGCGUUGCGCAUCGGAAUUGUAAAUAUUGCCGAUGCCUUUUCCGGCAGUGACACUCCUCUUUAAGCCCGACUCCAUUAGUUCAAACCCGCCUGCUGCUGUUAGUGCCGCGAUUCACAUCGUAACGUAUUGUAAGAUACAGUAUAUGAAGUUUAAGUUCCUGAUGACAUUGGGUGCUGUGAAUCUAAAUAUGGAAGAGCAAGGUUCAAAGAAGUUCACACUUCCCUUUUCCAUCUUCCAUUUGGGUUUCUUCAUCUUGACGCUAGUAGUUUUAACCGUGAUGGCUUUAAAUGUUCAUCAGUUGAAGUCUGGUGGCUAUGAAGCAGAUGUAAAAUGGAAGAAAUAUCCAGAUCCAAUGUUUAAACACAGAGAAGAACAGUUGAAGGAGGAGAAUCUGACUCUUUGGACUUUCAGGCUUUUGCAAUGCGGCUACCAGAAUCACAGCUUCACCGCCGAGGAAAGGUCAGAGGGGACAGUCCUGAUGAAAAUGAUCGAGUGGCCACAUCCACCCAAACCUGCUGUGCCUUUUCUGAAGAGCAGCAAUCCAUCGCUUACUCGCUUUGUCAUUUUAGAUUCUGCCAAGACUUUCUACGUUGGAGAUCAGUUGCAGGUGCUUCUGCGAAUGCUUGACUUUGCAGGAAAUACAAAGCAAUAUGGGGGUGACUAUCUCCAGGCACGCAUCCACACCCCUGAGUUAAAAGCUGGUGCAGUAGGAACAGUUGUAGAUAGACAAAAUGGGUUUUAUUACAUCAAUUUUACCUUAUUAUGGCCAGGGAAAGUGCAAGUGUCCGUUUCCUUGGUUCAUCCCAGCGAAGGGGUCCAAGCACUUGAGAGAAUACGGGACGAAUUCCCGGAUAGAGUGUUUUUUAGAAGCACUUUCAAAUCAGCAAAAUCCUCGGAGACCACAGUGUGCAAUCUGUGCCUGCCUCAGACACAACCACUCUGUAACUUUACUGAUCUCAGGACUGGGGAGCCCUGGUUCUGUUAUAAACCAAAGACGCUCCCCUGCUCUUCCCGUGUCAACCACGCAAUGGGAGGUUACAAGCAGAAGCUCUUAACUGGAGAAGAAGUCAAUUAUUUCAGCAGUGGGAAAAAUGUCAAGAUGCCAAUAUUACCCAAUGGUCAAGGUUAUGUAAUUGUAGAGCCUUCUCCUCAUGCAGACAAAGGUCUCAGUGGCUGUCUCCCUGGCACACCAUUGCAUUCACCAUCCGGAUAUUAUUAUAAGGAUCAAUGGGUAUCAACAACCUGUAGCAUCCAACACUUUGACUCUCCAGCAAGAGUUACCAACUGUCUUCGUAGGAAAAAAAUUUAUAUUUUUGGAGAUUCCACCAUACGCCAGUGGUUUGAAUAUUUGAUAUAUUUUGUACCAGGCCUGAGAAAGUUUGAUCUGGGCAAUUCAAUGCAAACUGGACCGCAUCUUGCUCUGGAUGUGGACAACACAAUCAAGAUAGAUUAUUUUGCACAUGGGAAACCCAUCCGCAUCCAGCCCAUAUCAAGUCAGAACCUGCCAUUCAUUGCAAAUAAAUUGGAUGACAUUAAUGGAGGGAAGGACACAGUUAUAGCCAUCACCAUCUGGUGCCAUUUCAACACUUUUCCAGUGGAAUCUUACAUCCGAAGGUUGCAGAACAUCCGGCAGUCAGUUCUACGCUUGCUCAACAGAAGUCCCGAUACAGUGAUUGUGAUAAAAACUGCCAACGUCCAGGCCCUUCCAAAAGACGUCAGCCUCUACAACAGUGACUGGUUCUCCUACCAACUUGAUUUAGUGAUGCGAAGAAUGUUCCAGGGCGUCAAAGUGGCCUUUGUGGAUGCAUGGGAGAUGACUAUAGCCCAUUACCUGCCACAUGCCCUGCACCCCAAACAAAUCAUUAUCAAGAAUGAGGUCGAUAUGUUUCUCUCGUACGUGUGUCCUUAGAAAAAGGAAGAAAUGCUUAAUUACGUCUGUCCCAACAAUCAUGAGAAUCAUGUAAAAAGAAAUGGAAAGAUUUUACAUAAAAUAAAUUAGUGGCACUGGGCUUUUUUUUAAUUAAACAUAAAAUAUUGUGAUCUCAGUCUGUUCUGAUUUUAAAAUUAGUUGUAUAUAAGAUAUGUGGAUCAUGAUUUAAGUAUA